GUCAGAUGUUUUCUAAUCACCUCAAUGAUAACGUUUAGAGUUUGGGUAGAAUAAUCUGAUCCUAGAUCUGAUGUUAGGAGAGCGUCUACCUUGAGCCAGGCAACGACACUUGACGCUACCCUACCGAGGACGUGCUCGAGCCAACACCACGCGACAAGAGUAGAUACAAGAUGGCGACCGAUUUAGUACCAGAGGAAUAAGUGCCGUGAAGGAUAGAUAAAGCCAUGCCGUGGGACCGCCCAGUUUCUGAGCUCGCCAUGGUGAUCUGAAGCCCCAGUGUGGACGUGUCACAUCCACACUCGCCUACCCACAGACACACACACACGGACUGAGCCCCCCAGCAAGUGUGUGCGAUGGACAGGUGUAAGCACGUGGGGCGGCUCAGGCUGGCCCCAGACCACUCCAUCCUCAACCCCCAGAAGUGGCACUGCGUGGACUGCAACACCACAGAGUCGGUGUGGGCCUGCCUGGGCUGUGCCCAUGUUGCGUGCGGCCGCUACAUUGAGGAGCACGCCCUGCAGCACUUCCUGCAACAUCACCACCCGUUGGCCAUAGAGGUCAACGAGCUCUAUGUCUUCUGCUACCUAUGUGACGACUACGUGCUCAACGACAACGCGACGGGAGACCUCAAGCUGCUGCGCUCCACGCUCAGCGCCAUCCAGAGCCAGCGCUACGAGGUCACCACCCGCUCAGGACGCAUCUUGAGAUCGGCUAGCGCUCCACCCGACGCCCCCCAGCCCUGCGGCUCCAGCGAACUGCAGCUGAGGGACGAGGACCGCAUGUUCACGGCGCUCUGGCACCGCCGCCGGGCACUGAUGGGUCGAGUGUUCCACACCUGGUUCAGCCUGACGGAAGGGGGGAAGAGGAGGGAGGAGGAGGAGAGGCAGAGAGAGGAGGAGGAGAGGAGGAGGAAGGAGUUGAGAGAGAGGAGGAAGACGUUGAAGAGGCAGCUACAGGAAGCGUUGGAGAGUGCCCCACCCAGGAAGAGUCACCGCCUGAGGAGAGCCAGCCAGAGAGCUGCUGCUGCCGCCGCUGCUGUCACCCCCUGCUCCACACGAACACGCACCCACAGCACCACUUACACAUCCCAGACCCCCCUCGCCCCACAACCAAGAACCCCCCAAGCCCGGACUGCCCCCUCCCCGGCCCCCCGCCGUGCCCCCCCCAAACAGGGCGACUCGCCCCUCAAACGGCGGCCCACUGUCACUCCGGGUGUCACGGGUCUGCGUAACCUGGGCAACACGUGCUACAUGAACUCCAUCCUGCAGGUGCUGAGCCACCUUCACAUCUUCAGGGAGUGUUUCCUCCGGCUGGACCUGACGCAGGCCCUGGAGCUGCUGGCCUCGGCCGUUCACGGCCAGCUGGUGGUUCCCAGCCCCGGGGGCCCUGUGUCGUCCUUCACGCUGGCCCAGAGGAGAGGUCCCCAGGUGGGUGCUGGGCUAAGCGGGGGUGCCUCCAGGGCCCGGAGCAUGGAGCUGAUUCAGCCCAAAGAGCCCAGCUCCAAGCACAUCUCCCUGUGCCACGAGCUGCACACACUCUUCCAGGUGAUGUGGUCAGGCAAGUGGGCGCUGGUGUCGCCCUUUGCCAUGCUGCACUCGGUGUGGCAGCUGAUCCCAGCCUUCAGGGGCUACGCCCAGCAGGAUGCCCAGGAGUUCCUGUGUGAGCUGCUUGACAAGGUGCAGCACGAGCUGGAGAGCACAGGGACUCACACGCCGCCCGCUGGUGUGUCAACCGGACAGAGACAUCUCAUCAAGCAGGUGCUCAGCAUAGUCAACACCAUCUUCCACGGUCAGCUCCUCAGCCAGGUGACGUGUCUAGCAUGUGACCACCGCUCCAACACGGUGGAACCCUUCUGGGACCUAUCGCUGGAGUUCCCCGAGCGUUACCACAGCAACAGCCGAGAGAGCGCAGCGCAGGUCUCAUGCCAGCUGACGGAGAUGCUGGCCAAGUUCACGGAGACCGAAGCCCUGGAGGGCAACAUCUACGCCUGCGACCAGUGCAACAGUAAGCGGCGGAGGUUCUCCUCCAAGCCUGUCAUCCUGACUGAAGCUCAGAAACAGCUGAUGGUUCACAAACUGCCUCAGGUCCUGCGCCUGCACCUCAAACGCUUCAGGUGGUCUGGGAGAAACCACAGGGAGAAGAUCGGGGUCCACGUCAGCUUUGACCAGCUCCUCAACAUGGAGCCAUACUGCUGCAGAGACCCCUCCCCCAAGGGCUCGCCAUACUCCAGUCCGGCCCCCGCCGGCUCCCCGACCCCCAAACACUUCCUGUACGAACUGUCCGCUGUGGUGAUGCAUCAUGGGAAGGGCUUUGGCUCUGGCCACUACACUGCCUACUGCUACAACAAAGAAGGAAGGUUCUGGGUCCACUGUAAUGACUCUAAGCUGAAUGUGUGUUCUGUGGAGGAGGUGUGUGGUGCCCAGGCCUACAUACUCUUCUACACGCAGCGCUUCACUCAGGACAAAGACAGGCCGCUAUAGGACCAGGACCCACUGAGCCCCGCCCCAAACCCUCCUUUGUACCUCAGCAGUCCAGUGACGUGACAUCAUCAGCAUUACCACCACCAAAACAUCUCAACCCCCCUCACGCUCUUCCUUUGUUCAUUUUUAUCUCCUCUGGGGGAGGAAUGAUAAAAUUAUCAUUUAUUUUUCUAAAAGACAGUCUUUUUUUAAAUUUA